CCCGCGGACCUGAGAGGCCGCGCUCCGUCCCUCGCCCUGGACCCUUCUGCACAGCAAACCCCCUCGAAACGGGGGCCCCGGACCCCAGGGCUCAGGAGGACUCAACCAGGACUUUCCAAAAGUUGCGGCGGGGCCUUCCGAUCCCCUCGGCCGUCUCCCAAGUCUGGCCAGGCUGCUGGGGCCAACGAGGAUUCUGUGCACCUUGACAUUCAGAAACUGAAGGAGAAGAGGGACGUGCUGGACAAGGAGCUCUCCCAGUUAAUAUCUGAAGGCUACAGUGUGGAUGAACUGGACGACCACAUCUCCCAGCUGCACGAGUACAACGACAUCAAGGACGUAGGCCAGAUGCUGCUGGGCAAACUCGCUGUGAUCCGAGGUGUCACCACCAAAGAGUUGUAUCCAGAGUUUGGUCUGGACAUGAAUGACUGAGCAGAGGCUCACAGCCCCUUGUCCAUGGCCCACUGGGACAGGUGGAGGUGGACAUGAGAAGCAGCGAGAGCCCAACCUACAGUGCACCUGCAGGCUUUCCAGCAAGAAAGUGUCAGAAGCCGCUUUCUAGCGAGCCCAAACUGAGUCAGGAGGGAGCCCGGCAAAGAGGGGGACAGGGAUGAAAAUGUGUUCCCUGCUCUGAGGUUCCUAAGAUGUCCCCGUGAUUCCCGUGUAUGUAUCCUAUUUGUAAAUAAACAUGAAUGAUCUUGGUGUGAAUUUGUACGCGGAUUC